AUGUCUUCCUGGUCGCUUGUGCUCUGGCAUCCGCCUCCAUCUUACGCUCCGCCUGCCGAGGAGGAGCCCCUCUACACGCUCAACCCACAUGUGACAGCUCUCCUUCGCGAUGAGAACCGCCUUCCUCGCCUCCUCUCCCUCCCCGCUGCUUUCCCACCGCUCUGUACGUUCGAGGAAGCCACUUCUGAGGAGGUGAUGGAGCCUUCUUCUACAGGAAUCACCCUCGAGACUCAGCUCAUGGAUGUGGACUCUCCCGAGCCCCCAAUCGAGUCGACCGUGAUCAUGCCCGUUGACGAGGACGAGCCGCCUCCUCCCGACGCCACGCCGCCAACCGUCGCCGAGGAAGACAAGCAGCCCUCCGAGGAAGACGAACCCUCCACUGGAGUCCGACACCAGGGCAUGCACAAGCGCCCCGCAGCUGAGCCUCGUCCGUUCAAGUCGCCUGCCCGCAUCGUGCUGCGUGGCGCGAAACGCAAGCCCGAGUCGCCACUGCCUUUCCCCGUCUCCUCCCCCGCCCUACCUAUCCCGCAGAUCGAGUGGCCGAACAAGUUACCGCCCAAGCUCUCCUCGCCGUCUCCCUCGCCUCUCCCCCGCUCCCUCAGCUCGCAGCGCUCGCAGCACUCGACAAGCUCCCGCCGCCUCAACGCCAAGUUCAAGCCCCCCGGCCCGUCCUCCGCCUCCUCUGACUCUGAGCCCUCGCGCUCCUCCCGCCGCCGUCGGGGACCUGACGCCGAGCUCAUCGCGAGUCUGGAACAGCGCGUGCGUGUAUUGAAGCAAGCCUCGGCGUGUGGGGAGGACGAGCGCGUCGUCGCGCUGAUCCAGCAGUGGCGCGCGGCAGGGAGGGAGGUGACUGAGCGUCUGUUCCGGAUGAUUCCGGAGCCUGAGCCCGAGUUGCCGCAGAGGAGUAAAGGAAGGUCUUCGGGGUGGGGAUGGGGAUGGAACGAGACUUUCACUGAGCCUGUGUCCCGCGCUUGUGUCGCUUUUAUUCGUGAUGAGUGUGCGGUCAAGAAUGGGGAGAUUGUUGAUCCGGAAGGGGUACCCCUCCAGGAUGAUGUGGCGCUUGAUGAUCUCUUGCCGCGCGGAGGGGGGAGGGUGGUCGAGGCAAAGCGGCCGCGUAUCUUGACAGACGACGAUGUACCAGCGCCCCCUGAGGUCCAGCCGUGGAACCGUGGCACGAUGCUGAGCAAGCUCGGCGUCGACCCCGCUCUGCUCGGGUUCAACGUCGAGGAAGACGACUGGGACGACAUCAACGACGACUGA